UCACGCAGUUCAAGGUAAGCGUAACCAUUUAGGCAACUUGUCUUUCUACCUGCACUCCUUUCAUUUCACCAUUUAAAUUUGCCAACCACUUGAUAACCAGCAGCAGCAGCACGAUCGAAGAGAUCCAAAGAUCGAGAGAAAAUGGCAGGGUUUGGAAAAGCGAUGGCUUGUCGCCAGCAUGUGCGAAUUAGAUUAGGAACGAGAUUCAUGUCUUCUUCUUCGUCGUCAUGGUGGCAAAGCGUUGAGCCUGCUCCCAAGGAUCCUAUUCUUGGUGUAACGGAAGCUUUUCUCGCCGAUCCCAGUCCUGACAAAGUCAAUGUUGGAGUUGGUGCGUAUCGAGAUGACAAUGGAAAACCAGUUGUUCUCCAAUGCGUCAGAGAAGCUGAGAGGAGGAUCGCCGGCAACUUGAACAUGGAGUAUCUUCCAAUGGGAGGUAGUGUGAACAUGGUGGAAGAAACACUGAAGUUGGCAUAUGGAGAGAAUUCUGAGUUCAUUAAAGACAAAAGGAUAGCAGCAGUGCAAUCUCUAUCUGGUACCGGUGCAUGUAGACUUUUCGCAGACUUUCAGAAGCGCUUUCGUCCUGAUUCCCAGAUCUACAUACCGGUCCCGACAUGGGCCAACCAUCAUAACAUUUGGAGAGAUGCUCAGGUCCCUCAAAGGACCUAUCAUUACUAUCAUCCAGAAUCUAAGGGUUUAGAUUUUUCUGCCCUGAUGGAUGACAUUAAGAAUGCUCCCAAUGGCUCAUUCUUUCUACUUCAUGCCUGUGCUCAUAAUCCUACAGGAGUUGAUCCAUCAGAAGAACAAUGGAGAGAGAUCUCACACCAAUUCAAGGUUAAAGGUCAUUUUGCCUUCUUUGAUAUGGCUUAUCAAGGUUUCGCUAGUGGUGAUCCAGACAGAGAUGCAAAGUCCAUCAGGAUUUUUCUCCAGGACGGUCAUCAUAUUGGUAUUUCCCAAUCAUAUGCAAAAAAUAUGGGACUCUAUGGCCAGAGAGUAGGAUGCCUCAGUGUGCUUUGUGAAGAUGAGAAACAAGCGGUGGCUGUAAAGAGUCAAUUGCAGCAGCUUGCUAGACCCAUGUACAGCAAUCCUCCUGUUCAUGGUGCACUUGUUGUGUCAACUAUCCUUGGGGAUCCUGAGUUGAAGAAGUUGUGGCUCAAGGAAGUGAAGGUAAUGGCUGAUCGCAUCAUUGGAAUGCGAUCUGCGCUAAGAGAAAAUCUUGAGAAAUUGGGUUCACCUUUGUCAUGGAAGCACAUCACUGAUCAGAUUGGCAUGUUUUGCUAUAGUGGGAUGACUCCUGAACAAGUUGACCGAUUGACAAAAGAAUUUCAUAUCUAUAUGACCCGCAAUGGUCGGAUAAGCAUGGCAGGCAUUACCACUGGCAAUGUUGGAUAUCUGGCAAAUGCUAUCAACGAGGUCACGAGCUCUGCCUAGGCUCAUCGCUGAAGCAAAACCUCAAAUCAUCAUUGAAGAGGUCAUACUUACAUAGUCAGAAGAGCAAAUAAAUUCCUAGUUUUUCUCCCCCAUGCUAUUUUGUGACCAGGGAGAGGACAAUAAAACGGUCACUCCAAGGGUGGCUUAAGAUUUUUACUGCGAUGAGGUUCUCACAACAACUGUUGAGGAGACCAAUGGUGGAUAACAUCAGGUCUGUAACGAAGCAACAUUGAAUUACAUAUGAUAUGUCUGUUACAUUGAUUUAUGAAAAUUUACAUAUUUACAAGUUUAGUUUUACCGAA